GGUCGGUUCGGCGAUAGACAGCGAGGUCACAAGGCGCGACGUUUCCUAUCAGUGUCGUACGCGCUAGCGACUGCUUACUCCGUUGCGCGCAUACACUCGCCAGACAUGGGCUUCGCUGCGGCGUUGGCCGCCGUCGAAUCGGCUACCGUCCAUGUGUUCUCGGCGUUUUUCUUCGAGUACCGGACGCUUAAGGUGGUCCAGAUCGGCAACAGGAAGAUUGGCCUGCUGAACCGGACCAUACAGCUCGUCAUCAUAGGCUUCAUCAUAGGAUACGCCCUGAUCUACGAGAAGGGCUACCAGCGCUACAGUUCUUGCACGAGCGCUGUGACGGUGAAGGUGAAGGGCGCGCUGUCCACGGAGUCCCUCUCCGAGGACGCCUUCAAGCCGGCCCUCGGGGAUACGCGCCACUACCGCAGGAUGUGGGACAACGAGGACAUCGUCGUACCGCCGCACGACUCGAACCAGUUCUUCAUUACGACGAACGUUAUACUGACACCUAACCAGACUAUAAGCGCCUGUCCUGAGGAACUGAGCAUCAAGCAGGCGAGAUGCAAAUCGGAGAACGACACCACAAGUUGCAAGAGAGGCGCCUCCCUGAGACGUGGACACGGCAUCAUGACGGGGCGCUGCGUAAGGGCGGCACACCCCGACGAAGACCAGUACGUCUGCGAGAUACGCGGCUGGUGCCCCGUGGAAAGGCACGUCCUCCCCUUGAAGAAUGGGGCAGGACUCUUGGCCGGCGUACGCAAUUUUACGAUUUUCAUCAAAAACUACGUCCAGUUUCCUUUAUUCAAAGUACGGAGGCGCAACAUCCCCGACCGGGUGAACGCGUCGUACCUGAGGUCCUGCCUUCACGAGACCAGCAAGUCGUCUCUCUGUCCGAUUUUCCGCAUCGGCGACAUGGUCGAACAGGCUGGCGCGGACUUUGACACGAUGGCGCGAAAGGGCGGGGUGAUACAGAUCAUGAUCACCUGGGACUGCGACCUCGACUACGAUCCCAAGCACUGCCUUCCCGACUACUCCUUCCUGAGAUUGGACGACCCGGACGCCAGGGUUGCACAAGGCUUCAACUUCAGGUACGCCAAGUACUACAGCGAGACUAGCCGGAGCUUGGUCAAGGCAUACGGCAUCAACUUCGUCGUGCUGGUGCGAGGCGAAGCGGGUAGAACGAGCAUCAUCCCCAUAGCUGUCACGCUCGGCUCGGGGCUCGGCCUGCUCGCGGUGGCUACCGUGCUGUGCGACUUCGUGGCUGUCCACUUCGACAAAAGGAAAAAACUCUACAAAGCCAAGAAGUUCAAGUUUGUCUCGAAGAGGGACAGUUGCAACGUAAGCGACCUUCCAGUGUCUCACUUGAAGGUGCCCUGUCCCGACUUGGGUGGUUCGAGACUCAAGCGCCGGAGCCAGGUGCCCUUCCUGCGGGCCCAGAGAUCUGCCAGCAGUACGGACAGCCGGCCCUCGCAAGAAGACAGCAGUUGACUGAUCCGCGGAAUGAUACCCAGCAUUUCCCGAUAACUAAAAUCAAUACUGGCACCUUGGAACGCUGUCGACCGACAGCCUUUCGCGGGGGUGUCGGUCGCGUGUCACCUCGCCGUGAUUGAUGAGGGGUUGCGAGGCGAUAAUAAAAAGCUUACAGGAUAGCCUCUCUA